AUGUACGUCGUGAAAGAGGAAGACUCCCACGAGGAGGCUUCCCACAAUCUCGACAAUGAACAUGGUUAUAAUCAGGUGCCACCUUCAUCUGCCUCCUCCGAUCACUCCGACAAGACCCUCGCAUCACCUACAGAUAUACGGCCCGAGAUCGACGCCGCAGAUGCUCAAUUCAUCACUCAAAUGGUCAGCUGUGACAAGCAACUAUCCAAGAUUGCGUCACGAGUCAUAGGCGCUGAUGACCCUGCGCUCGAUCCCGAGAGCAAAGACUUCGACCUCUCCAAAUGGCUACGCUUCAUUGUCCGUCAGCUGAACCACGAAGGCAUUCUUCACUCCAAAGCCAGUGUCUACUUUCGCAAUGUCCAUGUCACAGGCACCGGUGCUGCUUUGCAGCUACAACAGACCGUGGACGGAAUUUUCACCUCCCUUCUUCGUCCACGAGAGACAUUCAGUCUCGGCACUAAAACGCCGAAGCAAAUCCUGAAGCAAUUCGAUGGCGUUCUUGAAAGCGGCGAACUCCUCAUUGUACUUGGAAGACCCGGUUCCGGCUGUAGUACGUUCCUCAAGACUCUGUGUGGAGAGCUACAUGGUUUGGAGCUGGACGAAGCUUCCGAGGUUCAUUACAGUGGCAUCCCUCAACAGACGAUGCAGAAGGAAUUCAAGGGUGAAAUGGUUUAUAACCAAGAGGUUGACAAACACUUCCCUCAUCUGACUGUCGGUCAGACUCUUGAAUUCGCUGCCGCAGCCCGUACUCCCUCUGCCCGUCGGGAGGGACUGUCUCGUGAAGAAUACGCCCAGUCGUUCACCAAGGUGAUGAUGGCAGUCUUUGGACUUUCACAUACCUACAACACCAAAGUGGGCAAUGACACUGUACGUGGUGUAUCCGGUGGCGAACGGAAGCGUGUUAGUAUUGCAGAGAUGGCUCUCGCUAGGGCUCCGCUCGCUGCGUGGGAUAACUCAACGCGUGGUUUGGAUUCAGCGACUGCUUUGCGCUUUGUUCAAUCACUACGACUAGCCGCAGAUAUCGACGAUUCAGCCCAUGCUGUCGCCAUCUACCAGGCCAGUCAAGCGAUCUAUGACUUGUUCGAUAAGGCUGUGGUUCUGUAUGAAGGACGUCAGAUCUAUUUUGGUCCUGCAAGUGCUGCAAAGGCUUUCUUUGAGCGACAGGGCUGGUACUGCCCAUCGCGUCAAACCACCGGAGAUUUCCUUACAUCAGUCACCAACCCGAUCGAGCGUCAGGCACGCGAGGGUAUGGAGAGCCACGUCCCGAGAACGCCAGAUGAGUUCGAGGCUUACUGGCACCGGUCGCCUGAAUACCAGGAGCUACAGCGUAUCAUGAAGCAACACAACGAUGAAGUUACCUCUAACUCAGACGGCAACGUUCGCAAACUCAAGGACCAGAAAAUCCAGGCUCAAGCAGACCACACUCGUUCAGCGUCGCCGUAUCUGCUCAGCGUGCCGAUGCAAAUCAAGAUGAAUACUAAGCGCGCGUACCAACGUGUGUGGAACGAGCGUACAUCUACCAUCACCAGCUUUGUCGGAAAUUGCAUUAUCGCAUUGAUUGUCGGAUCCGUAUUCUACGGCACACCAUCCGAGACCAGCAACUUCUACCAGAAAGGCGCCGUGCUUUUCUAUGCAGUACUCCUUAACGCCCUGACAGCCAUGACCGAGAUCAACAGUUUAUACUCACAGCGACCGAUUGUUGAGAAGCACAACACGUAUGCUUUCUACCAUCCAUUCACCGAAGCUAUCGCCGGAAUCCUGAGUGAUAUCCCCGUCAAAUUCUUACUCGCGAUCGCCUUCAACGUCAUCCUAUACUUCCUCAGUAAUCUCCGACGAGAACCCUCGCAAUUCUUCAUAUACUUUCUCAUCAACUUCAUCAUCAUGUUUGUCAUGAGUGCAGUCUUCCGCACCAUGGCUGCCAUCACCAAAACUGUGUCCCAGGCCAUGACUCUCGCCGGUAUCUUGAUUCUGGCAUUGGUCAUCUAUACAGGAUUCGUUGUGCCGGUCCCAUACAUGCAUCCCUGGUUUGGUUGGAUUCACUAUCUGAAUCCCAUCUACUAUGCCUUUGAAAUCCUAAUUGCCAACGAAUUCCACGGUCGCGAUUUUGCCUGUUCCUCGAUGAUCCCGGCCUACCCGAACAUGGACGGUGAUACCUUCAUCUGUUCCUCCAAAGGUGCCGUGGCCGGUCAAAGCACGGUCAGUGGUGAUGCAUACAUCUGGGCCUCCUAUAAAUACUCCUAUACGCACGUCUGGCGAAAUUUCGGUAUUCUGAUUGCGUUCUUGAUUGGUUUCCUGGCAAUUUAUUUCGUCUGCACGGAGCUGAACUCAUCAACCACGAGCACCGCUGAAGUAUUGGUCUUCCGGCGGGGACAUGAGCCAAAGGCCUUGAAGAAUGGCGGCGCCGAUGAAGAAGACACUAAUGGCACACAGGUUGUGGCCUCUAAUGAGAAGUCUCAAUAUAAUCUGCCAAACCUGCCUCCCCAGCGAGAUCUCUUCACUUGGCGUGAUGUCGUUUAUGACAUCAAGAUCAAGGGCGAGCCUCGAAGAUUGCUUGACAAUGUCUCCGGCUGGGUCAAACCAGGCACAUUGACUGCCUUGAUGGGUGUCAGUGGUGCUGGCAAGACCACAUUGCUAGACGUGUUGGCCCAUCGUACCACUAUGGGUGUCAUCACUGGUGACAUGUUCGUCAAUGGAAAACCUCUUGAUUCUAGCUUCCAGCGGAAGACGGGAUACGUUCAACAACAGGAUCUACACCUUGAGACAGCGACAGUGCGCGAGAGUCUUCGAUUCAGUGCAAUGCUUCGCCAACCAGCUUCCGUCUCGAAGGAAGAGAAGUACGCGUACGUCGAGGAAGUUAUCUCGAUGCUGAACAUGGAGGAAUUCGCCGAAGCGGUCGUGGGUGUGCCGGGUCAGGGUCUCAAUGUGGAACAGAGGAAACUGUUGACUAUCGGUGUUGAACUGGCUGCUAAACCCAAACUGUUGCUGUUCCUUGAUGAACCAACUAGCGGUCUGGACUCUCAGAGCUCUUGGGCAAUUUGUAACUUCCUACGCAAACUCGCCGAUGCCGGUCAGGCAAUCUUGUGCACCAUCCAUCAGCCCAGUGCAAUUUUGUUCGAACAAUUCGAUCAGUUGCUCUUCCUGGCCCGUGGUGGUAAGACUGUCUAUUUUGGGCCCAUCGGUGACAACUCUCGCACCCUCCUCGACUACUUCGAACACCACGGAGCCCGCCCCUGUGCCGAUGAUGAGAACCCGGCAGAGUAUAUGCUCGAAAUUGUCAACGCUGGCACCAAUCCAGAAGGCAAGACUUGGUUCGACCUUUGGAAAGGAAGUGCCGAAGCAGCAGGUGUGCAAAACGAGAUUGAUCGUAUUCACGAGAGCAAGAAGAACCAGCCCGCGCACGAUCCGGAUCAGCUUCCAGACCCAAGGGAACAGUCCGAGUUUGCAAUGCCCCUCAUGAAGCAAAUGCCCAUCGUCUUUACCAGAGUGUUCCAGCAAUACUGGCGGAUGCCGGACUACGUUAUUGCGAAAAUCAUGCUUGGUCUCUGUUCCGGGCUCUUCAUCGGCUUCUCAUUCUUCAAACCCGACCAUUCCCAGCAGGGUAUGCAGAACCAGAUUUUCUCUCUUUUCAUGAUCUGCGCCAUCUUUUCCUCCCUGGUUCAGCAAAUCAUUCCAUUGUUCUUGACCCAACGGGCCCUCUAUGAAGUCCGCGAACGUCCCUCCAAGACGUACUCCUGGGUCGCGUUCAUGACCUCGUCCAUUCUGGUUGAAAUCCCAUACCAGAUCAUCAUGGGUAUUCUCGUUUAUGGUUGCUACUACUAUGCCGUGGAUGGUAUACAAAGCUCCUCUCGGCAAGGACUAGCUCUCCUAUUCUUCUUGCAAUUUUUCGUGUAUUCCGGCACUUUCGCAGAUAUGGUCAUCGCAGCCCUACCGGAUGCUGAAACAGCAGGCGCCAUCGUCACUCUUCUGUUCUCCAUGGCCUUGACAUUCAACGGUGUCAUGCAGACCCCUGAUGCGCUCCCUGGAUUCUGGAAGUUCAUGUACCGCGCCUCGCCCUUCACAUACUGGGUCGGCGGUGUCGCUGCCAACCAAAUGCAUGGACGGGAGAUCAAGUGCAGUGAUACGGAAAUGUCUGUCUUCAACCCUCCGUCGGGCUUGACCUGUGGCCAAUACCUCCAAAAGUACCUAUCCGUGGCGCCUGGGUAUCUGGAGAACCCUAAUGCAACUCAGUCUUGCGCAUAUUGCUCUCUCUCAAACGCUGACCAAUAUCUGGGCUCCGUGAGAAUGGUAUGGGAUGAGCGAUGGCGCAAUUUCGGCAUUUUCUGGGUAUACAUCGUAUUCGAUAUUGCCGCCGCCGUUGCACUUUACUACUGCUUCCGUGUGAAGAAGUGGAACUUUGGUUCGAAGAAACAGAAGUCUGCUUAA